UUCAUCGCAAAUCCACUCGAAUUGCUCGAACAACGAGAUGGUGUUGACCCGGGCAAUCAACAGUUAGUUCAACAGCCACAAGCACCAGCACAACCACAACAACCUUCAGCUCUCGACCUCGCCACUAAUUACACAGCCAUUUCGAGUAGUACACCGUGGACUACUACUGCUACAAUUAGCGAUACACCGUUCCUUAUAACUGAUCAAGCGUGCAGUAUGAAUGUGAGCAGUGCAGCAGCGCUAUCGUCACUUCAGCCCGCAAGCACACCCGAUUUGGCUGUCUAUCGACAAGUCAUUUCGGCACCACCACUAAGCAACACAACCCUUCCGAUUGCAGCCAUCGAGGUGCCGGUUGUUCGCCAGACCGAAGAAGAGGAAACUGCAGCCGCGGUGAGUGCAGUUCAAGCGAUCAAGAGCGAAGUGAUACAACCCGACUCACCGAAACCUCAAGAAGAGAGCGAUAUUAACGCCGCCAGCACCAAUGACACCAAAUAA